UUGCUCGGUCGCCCCUCCAAUCAUUGACAUUAGAAUUUUGACGUGCAUGUCUUGUACACGGUUUAUAUUUUCGAGUGAUUUGUUGAUUUGCCGGCAAUUUCUUGUUCCUCGUGAUAGAAAAUCAACCAAUUCAGUUCAGACGUAAUGGAAGAAGGAAAUGACGAACCAUCCGCGAAAAAAGCCAAACUUAACAGCGACCAUUCAGACGACGAAAAUGGUACCAUCAAACCGUCCGCCUUUAACCAAAAAAACCGCCUCUGUCCGUACCUGGAUACGAUCAACCGCAAUUUACUCGAUUUUGAUUUCGAAAAACUGUGUUCGGUGUCGUUGACCAGAAUCAAUGUGUAUGCCUGCCUGGUGUGUGGUAAAUAUUUUCAGGGUCGCGGCACAAACACUCAUGCAUACACGCAUUCUGUGGCCGAAGCGCAUCAUGUCUUUCUGAAUUUACAUAAUUUGAAGUUUUACUGCUUGCCGGAUAACUACCAAAUCAUCGACUCAUCAUUGGAUGACAUCAAGUACCUGCUCAACCCAACGUUUAAUAAGACGAACAUCGCCCAUUUAGACAGUGAAUUGUGCAAGUCUUCACGCACGAUUGAUGGUCAAUUAUAUUAUCCGGGUAUUGUGGGACUUAAUAACAUCAAGAACAACGACUACUGUAAUGUGGUUCUGCAGGCUCUAACGCAUGUCCGACCAUUGCGUAACUACUUUUUACGCGAAGAGAGCUACGCAAAUAUUAAGAGACCGCCGGGAGAUUCAAUUUUCAAUUUGGUUCAGAGGUUUGGAGAAUUGAUGCGAAAGAUGUGGAAUCCACGAAAUUUCAAGGCACACGUCUCACCACACGAAAUGUUACAAGCGGUGGUUUUGUGGAGCAACAAACAAUUCCAAAUAACACACCAAGGCGAUCCAAUCGACUUCCUGUCGUGGUUUCUUCACACAACUCACCGUGCGUUGAGAGGGAACAAAGAUCCGAAUUCAUCGAUCAUCAACAAAUCGUUUCUGGGUCAGAUGAAAAUUUACAGCCGCAAAAUUCCAUCGACAGACCUAGAUGAAACUCAAAAGUCUUUGUUGUUGGCAACGGAGGACUACCAGGAACGGUCGGAGGAGACAAGCUUUUUGUAUUUGACUUGUGAUCUACCGGCGCCGCCCCUGUUCAUCGAUGAGUUUCGGGAAAAUAUCAUUCCUCAGGUGAGUUUGUACCAACUUUUGGCCAAAUUCAACGCAGUGAACGAGAAGGAAUAUAAAACGUACAAGGACAGCGUAAUGAAACGUUUCGAAAUCACUAAAUUACCCGCCUUUAUCAUACUUUACAUAAAACGUUUCACCAAGAACACCUUCUUUUUGGAAAAAAAUCCAACAAUCGUCAACUUUCCAAUCCGGAACGUCGACUUUGGUGACAUCCUCACCGAGGAAAAUCGCAAGAAUCAUAAGAAUACGAAGUACAAUUUGAUUGCCAAUAUUGUUCAUGACGGCGAGCCGAGUAAGGGCACAUAUCGCGUACAUGUUUUGCAAAAGUCUACGGGACAAUGGUACGAGAUGCAAGAUUUGCACGUGACGAAUAUUUUGCCGCAGAUGAUUACAUUAACCGAAGCGUACAUACAAAUCUAUGAACAGCAGAAUGAUGACGACAAAAUUAGAAAAUAAAUUUUCAUUUCUUCUUUCGAA